UCUCCUGCACCGGGGGCCACCCCAGCGUUCCUGAGAACAAAGCUCACUGCGCUUGCUCCUGCACCUGUCACUCACCGGUCCCUGCACCUGCACUUGGGCAUUUUGCUGACAGAGAAUCCGAGGGCAGGGAGCACAGGAAGGCGGCCCCACGCAAGUGGGCUGACAGAAGGCCUGAGCCACUCUCCUGCACCUCUGUGCCUCACCCCUUCCAUCAGCCUCUUCCCUGGACAAAAGCCUCCCUUGUUAGUUUCUCUUGGCGUCCGAGCUGGUUCUUGUCUUCUAAGGACUCUCAGGUCAAGUACGUAAACCUGACCUUGGGCUCCGCCACAAGGAGCCCAGAAGUGUUGUUGGUUUUGGUUUGGUUGGGUUGGGUUGGGUUUGGUUGUUGUUGUUUUGUUUUACCUUGUUUUGUUUUAUUUUUGUCUGUCUGUGUUUGCUCUUCAAGACAGGGUCUUACCUUGUAGCACAGGCUGACCUUGAACUCCUGGUCACUCUUGUCUCUGCUCCCAAAUCCUGGGAUUACAAACGUGAGUCACCAGGACCCUGCCUAAUUUCCUCUUAAUCUCAGAGGUCUCGUGUAGUGAGCAUUGAGUCACAUGUCCAGGUCAACUCAUGCCCAGAUCUGUAGGCGCAAUAGUUUUAAGUGCUAGGCACAUGAGGUUGUUUUUUUUUUUUGUUUUGUUUUUUGUUUUUUUUUUGGUUCUUUUUUUCAGAGCUGGGGACCGAACCCAGGGCCUUGCGCUUCCUAGGCAAGCGCUCUACCACUGAGCUAAAUCCCCAACCCCCAUGAGGUUGUUUUUUAACCUAGAAGUAUGUGUUAAUUUUACCAUUUAUUGAAAACAUAAUUAGAAUUGCAAACCUGAACUCACAGGCUUGGAUUGUUACGGCAUCUGUAAAGUCUGCCUCCUUCAACCCAAGGCGUUUGAAAGGGAUGGAUGCUUGCUUGCAGAAGCCACUUUGAGGAGAACAAAAUUGUUUUGGUUACAGCAUUUUGCUGUCAGGUUGGGCUAAGUGGGCUCAGGACCCAGGAGAGGUAAAUUGAGGAUGAAAAACCAUCCCUUGUUCUGCCAACUGGGCUCAGGUGACUGUGACCACAGAGGGCUGGACUUACAGACGUGUGCCUGGUUUCGAGCACUGUAGAGGACUGAACCCAGGGCCUCUCACACAGUAUGCUUGCACUCCUAACCAGCUAAGUUACGUCUCAGGCACCACCAACUUUGUGACUGUAUCCUUUUGACUGUAGGACUUGCUAGGUAGUUCUGUGUUUAAGUGUUUGAGGAAUGGCUACGUGGCUUUCCACAGACACCACAUAAUUUUACAUUGCCUCCAGGAGGACACAAGGGAUCCAAUUUACCCACAACUCACUAACACUUGUUAUUCUCUGAGGUUUAUAUGCAAACCUAUGAAUAUGUGUGAAGGGAUGGCAAGGUAAUAGCUACCUGGGGGACUAGGAAGGGGCCCUAGCUGCCAUCUUAAUAUUCCCUCACUUUCGAAUCCUCUAAAUGUGUUCUGUUGUGAAUAUCUAUUUUGAAAAUCUUAGUAUAUGGAAGUUGAAAUUCUCAGACGUACCAGACCUGGACUUGACCAUUAGUACACACUAUUUUUUUUUUUUGCAUAUCACGAAUCUGUCCAUCAACCCUUCUAUUCUUUAAGAAUAAACAUAGAUUAUUGCUUCUUGGGCUUUUCCUAGCAUCUGCUAAGUCCUUCACCAGGACCUGAAGCUUUGUUAAUCUGUUUUCUAGGGGAUUUGGGCAUUUGGGAACGUCUGUCCCUUGUCCAAAUGUUCAUCUCAUGCAGACAUUGUACCUGCAGUUAGCAAGGGGCUGGCCAGUUUGUCUUCCUCAGCCUGGAAGUCUCUUACCUUCACAAAAUAUCUCUCAAAGAAAGGUGUCCUUUGCUUGCGUCAGGGUCUCAUGUAGCUCAGUCUGGCGCCAAACUUGUGAUCCACCUGCGUCCUCCUGAGUCCUAGGGCUACAGGCAGCUUCACACCCUUCUUCUAAGGUAGGCCUUAACUCCAAGGAGCCAAUGACGGUUCCAGACCCACCCACUGUCCGGCAACCUCUUCUCCAGAACAGACCAGUGCCUCAGAGACCCUGGAAUAGCAUACUCCGUGUGACUCCAGAGAGGAAGACAACUUUCUAGCAUGUCCAGAGCAGAAACCUAUUCUAUCCCUCGGGCACUAGAAAUUCUUCUCCCACACGUCAAGCUGCUGAGGAGGGGGAGCCUAAGAAUAAUGCUAGUAUUUGAACUGAUCAAGACCAGCCCCAGACACUGGAUCUGGGAGGUGUUCGUGUCCUCCUCGAUUCCCUCUUUGUCACAUGAUGAUGAUGACAUUGACACCAACGGGGACCCUUACACAAACCAGUGUUGUUUCAGACAGAUGACAUGCAUCGUUCACUUGAUUGCCUCAAUAGUCCUAUGGAGUAUGUGGCAUUAUCCCCAUUUUUUUAUGAGUGAAGCCACCAAGGCACUGACAGAUUAAGUAUGUUUCCCAAAGGGACAUGGCAUUUUUCCCUUUAGUCACUACUAGUAAGGAUACCUGGAGUACACCAUGAUAGAGUCUGAUAAUAACUAUUUAUCUCCUAAGGGUCAUCUUCAAAGUCAAGCUUUAUAGAAGGCCAAGUGGGAAGAUAUAAAAGAAAUCUAGGAACUUCUAAUCAUUCUAAAAAUCACAUAAAUCAGAAUCCAGGAAUCAUCUCUUCUGAUUCAGUCCCCUGCCUGAGAAACACAGUGGGGACUGGUACUUUAGGAACCCCCAGAAAUCCCUAGGCAGAGUUAAAAGCCAUACCAAUGAAGGCUCUGAGAACUUGGCAAUUUUAUCUUACUAGUUUUUUUUUUUUUUUUUUUUUUUGGUGGCACCAGCCUUUGAACCGAGAACCUCAUGCAUGCUAAAUAAACCCUUAACCACUGAAAUCUAUCCCUAGAUGUUUUGACCUUUUAUCUUGAAACAAGUUCUGACUCAGUUGCUUAGGCUGGCCUGGAACUUACGACCCGUCUACUUCAUUCAGCUUCUCAAAUAAGUGCCUAAAUUUGGGUUUGGGAUUAUGUAUGGAUGUUUGUGUGUAUAUGAAUGUAUGUACUUAUUUUCUAAUAUAGGCAUGUCCCAGGCAGAAAGACUAUGACAAAAAUCAUUUGGUGUCUAUCUGAAAGCCAGAUUUAUCUAGUUAUAUUGUGAUUUUAUUUACUAAAUCUGGGGUUCCCUGGAGCUCCCAGAAAAAGAGCAUGAGAGGCUUCCAUGACAGCUCACCUGCCUAGAUAUGUACUCCUGGCUGAAGGAGCUGCGUGCCCUGGAAUGUCACCCUCUAAGAGCAAAAUGUCCCUGAAGACAGGUCCAUGGUUGACGGGACAGAAUGGUCACGCUAUGGGCCGCACACAAGUUAGUAUGUUUUGUAUCUAGUAACCUUUUCUCUUUUUCUCCCAGGAAAAAAAUAAAUGGCUUUGAGGGAACCUUCUGAGAACUGAGAGGGAAUGUAUCCCAAAAUAUUUUCCAGUUCCCUCACCUUGGAUUCUCCCUUAUUCUUGGGUGUUUAUGAUCACAAAAGAAACACACAUUCACGUGCUGGCAAGCUGGGUUUGUGAGGAAAGGUAUUUGCCACACAAGCACACACCUGAAUUCCAUCCCCAGGCCCCACAAAGUUGUCCUCUGACUGCCACGUGCAAACCAUGGCACACGUGCCCCCUCAGCACCCCCCAACCACAACACGCACAUACACCAAAUUAUAAUAAUUUUAAAACAGAGAGUCAGUGAGCUAGCUCAGCAGAUAAAAGCGUAUCAGGUCACCCACUGGGCCUGAUGACCUAAAGUGUGUCUUCUGGCCCCCCCCCAUACAAGGAAAGACCCCACAUGCUGUCCUGUCCUCUGGGCUCCCAAGUCACAGCAUACAAGAGUGCUCUGUGACACUUACAUGGCCCUCCUGAAUCAAAAAGAAAGAAACAAAGACAUAUUCAGGGUUUGUUUGUUUUUUUUUUUUAAUUCCCCUAAAAAAUGACUCCUAAUAGUGAUUUGAUGUGUCUCCCUUCAGGUCUCUCCUCGUCAACCUUGUCAUGUAUUAACGUCAUCCCUACAGACAGUUCUCACACCUGAAUCUCUGUCCCACAGUCAGUGACUUCUGGGUAUGUGUAUAUCAAUAUUUUUGAUUUUUUUCCUGUCUCAAAUUUUUUUUAGAUUUAAUCAUUUUGUUUUACAUAUGUGUGCUUGCCUUGGGUCAAAUCUCCUGGAAUUAGAGCUAUGGGUAGCUGUAAGCCCCCAUGUGGGUGCUGAGAAUCAGCCAGGUCCUCUGCAAGAGCAACAAGUGCUCUUAGCCUCUGGUCCCCGCCUCACCUUUUUUUGAGACAGAGCCUCAUGUAGCUGAGCAUGGUCUUGAACUUGUCCUGCCACCCCCAGACAGGGUUUCUCUGUAUAGCCCUGGCUAUCCUGGGACUAACUCUGUAGACCAGGCUGGCCUCAAACUCACAGAGGCCAGCCUGCCUCUCUCUGGCCUCUCUCUGGCCUCUCUCUGCAGUGCUGGGAUUAGAGGUGUGCACCACCACUCCCUGGCCGAUCCUGAGCUUCUGAUCUCUACCUUCUGAGUGCAGGGAUUACAGGCAGAUGUUGCCACACCUGGUUUAUGCAGAGCUGGGACUCGAACCCAGGGCUUUAUGCAUGCUAAGCAAGCGCUUAACCUAAUGAUUUACAUCCCGGACCCUCAAUAUUAUUUUAAUAACUUUUAAGUUAUUGUACACAUAUAAGGGAUAGAGUGUGGAGCCUGGCAUUUCAUCACAUGUAUACAGCCUUUAAUUAUUGGAUCAGAGUGACUGGCAUAUCCAUAAACUCAGAUAAAAAUGACAAAACCUUUCUCUGUACUGAGAACAUUCAAAAUCCUGUACUGUGCAAGCUAUUUGAAAUACAUAAUUAAUCUUGUUGAUCAUAGUUGCCCAAAUGUACUUUAAAGCAGCCAAAGUCGUUCCCCAAACCAACUUUGCAGGUUUAUAGCCGUAGCAGUUGGUCUAUUGGCAUGCUAAGCCCCUCUGUUUAAGGAAAAACAGUUCGCACAUGGGCACAUCACACUAAACUCAGUGUGGGACUUGGGCUGUCACAGCCCACUUAGGCUGUGACCUACUGGCCUGUUUACUCUUCAUGUGGCCAAAGACGGGGAUCCUACAUACAGCUUUCCCAUGGUUGGAUGGGGAACUCCAUGACCACGAAGCCUCAGCCAAAGGGACCCUGACUUACUGCUUCUAGAGUGAGACCCUCUGAUUCAGGCCAGGGCUCCUCAGCUAGCAAGCAUCCUCACUGGGAUCACCUGACUCCAGCAGCUGCCCAACCCCUGGGCAGCACCAAGAGCCUCUUGGCCUCAAACGGGUUGGGCAGCAUUCACUUCCCUGCGCUGUCCUCCAGGAGACUACGUGCUCAGUCAUUAGGAAAUGCCUCCACAGCCGGCACAGUGACAGCAGCUGUCAGUCCAGCUGGGUGGCUCCCCAUCUGCGGAGGCCUUGGAUAGAAAGACAGACACCACUCUCUCAGGUACAGCCAAAGUGUGCAUGUUGGGGGAGGGGUGCUGGCUGGGGUGGAGGAUGGCUUCUGGCAAUGCUGUGAACUGGAGCUGGAAAAAUGUGAGAGAAAGGAGAAAGACAGUAAAUAUGUGUGUUCCUUAUGGGUGGGGAAGCAGCUGUGGCUGAAACUGCCUGGCUUGCACUAGGGCUCUGGGAGGGAACCCCAGGUGUCUAGAAGUAGCACUCUGUGUCAUGGGAUGUGAGGUUCUUGGGUGGCUGACACCUGUUCCUCAUCUCUGUCCUGGAGAUACGAUGCUUCUGUAAAGAAUCGUGGGUAUAGGAACUCCAUGAGAUUGGGUUCCUUUAGCUAACCACUGCCUUCUUACUUCAUAAGUGGCCAGAGGGACAACCCUGUUUAGGGGCACUCCAGAAACUGGUGUAUUCCCUUUUGCUGGGGCUGUAUCAUUUACUCCUCUCACUAAAGUCUGAAAGGUCCUCCAUGGAGGCCCAUCUGAACCCCAGUAGAGAUGGCAAUAUAUCAUAUGGGCUGUCAAGCAAGGCUGUCCUGAGUUCAAGUCCUAGGUCUUCCCUAUAGUAGCACUGUGGCUUUGAUGACGUUCUUUACUUGAAGCCUCAGGUCCCUCGUCUGUAAGAUGGAGAUAAUACCUACCUCCCAAACUUGUUGUCAGGAUUUGGUGAGGAAGGGAUGCCAAGUGCCAAACACGUAAUUAGUGUUCAAUAAAUGGCCGCUGUUGUAAUUAUUUAUUAUUAGCUCAACACUGGUCUCACUUUAGCCAGGAAGACUUCCCAGUCCUCCUCUCCCCGCAGUUUCCUAAAGAAACCAAGGUGGAUGUCUUUGGUACAGAAUGCCUUACGAUGUCACUCAUCCAGACUGUGCCCUGUCUACAGCACACUCCUAGUAUUGUGUGUGUGUGUGUGUGUGUGUGUGUGUGUGUGUGUGUGUGUGCUCCUACACCCCAGUUCCCAAGACAGAGAGUCAGGUGAGGUUCCCCAUGGAGAGAAGAGAGGGGUCAAGAGAAUACAGAAAUGAAGUUGAGAAAGGGGGAAGGAGGUGCACUGCCCAAGCAUGAAUUGUGUGGCUCUCCUGGAGUGCAUGAAACUGAGAGGUCCUGGUGAGUAACCCAGGAUGUCUCUGCCACUCCCUGAACUGCCUUUUGACUUUUCCUAGAACUCAAAGAAGAAAAAGAAGCUCCUCCUCCCCGUCGGCCUUAGCCUGACUUCUGACUUGGCUAGCAUCUACUCAGCCAGUCUAUCAACAGGUCUAAUAAUGCUCUCGGCAUCACCCAUGAGAUCUUUCUCCUCUCUUUCCAUCACUACCAGGUGACCUUGAGUCACACACACACACAUGCACACACAUGCACACACACCCCUUGCCCAUCUCUAAUGCCAAGUGUGCUAGUUUAUAAAAGGAGACAUUUUGACUGACACUGAAUCCCUGUCUUCCUCUUUUUCUCAUUUGCCCUCAUCUCUCUCAAGCCUCAUUUCUCAGUUAUCCAAACAACUUACACUGCUGACAACCACCAACCCUCCUUUUUAAAAAAUCUAUUGAAAAAGAACAACCUUAUAGCCACGCAUGGUGGUCCGUGCCCGUAAUCACAGCAUGUGAUGUGGAGAGGCAGGAAGGCUAAGCGUUCGAGUCUGUUUUAGCUAUAUAGCCCAGUUCCAGGCCAACUUGGGCCACAUGAGACCCUCUGUCCAAGAAAUAGAAAAAAAAGUCAUAAAUGUCCUGUAGGCUUCAUGAAGGAUUUCACGACUACCUUUUAACCCUAGAGCACAGUCUCAGUAUUUGGUAAAUAACAGGAACAUGGCAAAAAGCUGUUAAAAUCUGAUGGGUGCAGAGAUGGAUGGUGGGGGGAUUCCCCUUGUAUCUCUUGGGAAGUUACACAGUGCAAAGGAACAGUUUGUUGGUUUUUUUUUUUUUUUUAAGGUGUCAUCUUGAUAGCAGCCCAUUCAUUCGGGUCUAUUGGGAUGUCUAUUAGGAAACAAAUCUGAGAAUUUGGUAGCUGUCCUGAUUCAUCCACUGCCCACCACCUACCUGGUCUACUGUCAUCCGUCAGCUUGUUCUAAUUUGAGGGGGAACUGCCCUUUGUCAAGGGCUGCUAUGCUGUAGACAAGGUGCCUGACAGGGAUCUCCAGGAGAAAAAGAGAGGACUCAGCCUGUCCUAACAGUGACUCUCUCCUUUGUACUGAGCAUUUCCUGCCUGUCAUACCCUUCCCUCACUAACCACCCACUGCCCAUUCUGGGAGGAAGAUGGUGCUGUUGUAAAUGCAUCUUUUUUGCUUCAGUUUCUUUUCUUGACACAGGGUCUCACUAUGUAACCCUGACUGUCUUGGAACACACUGUAUCACAGGUGUGGGCCACCAUGCCCAGCUCUCAACCUCAGAGAACCAGAGGACUUCACCGAGGUUACCAGGGAGCAGUAGCGGUAAUAGUCAUAGAUAGAUAAGGAAUUCAAUCCAGUCCUACAGUCUGAGUACUUGACCCCCAUUUCCCUGCUCAGAUCCACAUUAACCACCUCCAUGACGAUUUUGGACUGAUUCUAUGGUACGACCACCACCACCUCCACCACUAGCACCACCACCACCACAAUUACCACUACCUCCACCACCACUACCAUCACCACCACCACCACCACCACCUCCACCACCACCACCAGCACCACUACCACCACCACCUCCACCAUUACCACUACCUCCACCUCCACCACCACCACCACCACCACCACCACCACCACCACCACCACCACCAUCACCACCACCCACCUUUUUUUUUUUUAAUUUUUAAGAGCUAGGACAUUUUCAAUCCAACAAUGGGGAUUUUCAACUAAACAAAUAGAGGGUAAUGGGAGUGGUUCCAGAAGAUUCAUGAUCUUUAUAGAUCCUCCUGCUAGCCAAUCCUGUUCUACUGUGCCACCUGUUAGCUCUCAGGGCAGCCAUAUCCUUGGUCACUGACGGCACCGUAGAGCAAUUACAGGAGUUUUGGUUCUUUCUUAACAUUCUGUUCAGGAUAGCUCAGGCUACAGAGCUGUGAUUCUGGAGACACGUACACACAAAGACUUGGACUCGCCAUCAUCCAAGCAGCUGCUCCCCUUCCCAGUCACCCACAAUCCUUCUGAGCGAACUGCUGGCUCUCCCGUUUCCUCUCAGAUCGGUUUGAAACCCACUGCUUGCUUCCAGAGAGAUUCCGUGAGCUUUGAUUUCGAACAAUACCGUGACCUUGACCUCUCGUUUAUCUUCCCACCAGACUUGGAUCUCAGUGACUUUGCCCAUUUCCAGAAUUCCAGACGCAUCCUCCAAGAAUGGAAAUCUACUUUUACUGAGGUUAAUCAGAACCUUCUGACAGCCUCGAGCCCCCACCUAAGGAGAAUCUGAAGAAUGAGUGAACAUGGCUGCUGAGGCCUGUUCCCUCUGAGGGGCCAUGUCAGAAGGGGAAAGCAAAGACAGCUCGGGCAGCGAGUGCCCUGUGUGCUACGAGAAGUUCCGGGAUCUGGAGGGCGCCAGCCGGACCCUGAGCUGCGGCCAUGUGUUCUGCCAUGACUGCUUGGUCAAGUACCUGCUCUCUACCCGGGUGGAUGGACAGGUGCAGAGGACUAUCGUCUGCCCCAUCUGCCGCUAUGUCACCUUCCUCAGCAAGAAGAGCUCCCGGUGGCCCUCCAUGCUGGACAAGAGCUCACAGACCCUGGCCGUGCCUGUGGGCCUGCCCUCCACGCCCUCACCAGACCGCGGAGGCCACACAAACCCCCUGGUUAUUUCCCACCAGGUCUGGAGACAAUCACCAAGCCAGGGGACACAGCUCCCCUUGGACCUGCUGCCUAGCCUGCCCCGAGAGUCACAGAUUUUCAUCAUCAGUCGCCACGGGAUGCCGCUGGGGGAACAGGACAGUGUGCUGCCCCGACGCAGCCUGGCAGAGAUAUCUGAAGCAUCCCCGGCUCCCAGCGCCACCCGCUCUUUCUGCUGCCGGUCUCGGGCCCUCCUGCUCAUCACCCUCAUUGCUGUGGUGGCUGUGGUAGCUGCCAUCCUGCCUUGGGUACUGCUGGUGAGGAAGCAGACCUGAGUGGCGGCUUGUGGAGGACUGGGGAGCCAGGCCCAUUAUCUAAGCUCUACUCCAUGCUGUGCUGGCCAUAGCUUGGGAGAGGGCAGAGGGUCCUAGUGUAGACCUGGUACAAUCUACAGAGGGAGGUCCUGGACUCGGAGACGACAGGGGUGGGGCCAGAUUGGAAGGAUAGGGGCUUUGUCUCCACCCUUUUCAUCCCUUGUCAGUGAGGGCUUUGGCAUGAGGAGAAGCUAGGGACCGAGAUACUCUGAGGCUAGCACUGAACGACCAACACCCUAUUUGUGGCCCCAUACAACAAACACCGUUUUUCUAGGCUGGAACUUAGCAAGCUAGAAGCUCUCCUAAAGGGUCAUUAACCUUACCUGCCAAGUAACCAACCUGAAGCCAGGUAUACCUACUAGGCACAAGAAGUCCUAGUAGGUCCGGCCAGGUGGGAGCCCAGUGGAAGGUCUGUUCCAGGUCAGAAUUCCCUCCCACAGCAGCACCCCCAGGGAGAACAGAAGUUGAUACAGGGUCCUAGCUCCAGUGUCCCAGCACCUUAGCCUCACAUCCGAACCUCAAACAGCCAGCUGCGAAGUGUUCCUACGCCUCCAACCCAUCAUCCUGAAAGAGAAAGAUGAUCUCAGAAGCUUUAGCCAGGAUGGGGCAUGGGGGGACCACGGAGAAAGGGUUUUCUGGGUAGUCAAUUCAACAGGAAACACUCGAAAGAGGCCACUGUUAACGGAGUAGCUACGGUCUUAGAGGUUUCUGUAAACUGCCGGGCCCAAGGAGCAGACCCGAUUUGGAGUCUUAGGGUUCUCCAGGGUGAAGUAGAAGACAAGGGCUGGAGGGGACGCCCUCCAGGUGAGACUUGAGUCAGCCGAGAGCUAUGUGAGCAAAUUAACCCCUGGGGGCUCCCACCUUCCUCCCUGCCACGUCCACCUCCUCAUGAUCCAACCAUUCAUUAGACGCCACACCAGCUGGGCCAGUUCCCCGGGUGGAUUCUCCAGGGCUGAGCUGGGUGAGGAAGGGUGGGGAAGUAAACAGCUAAGCUCAUCAGCUGUCUCAACAGAGGCUGAUAGCCAGGCCCUGCACCCUGGAGUGACUGGGUACCUCACUGACGCCUAUAAGGAAAGCCUCAGAGUGGGUCUCUCUUGAGGAAAUCCUCAAGGAAGCUAAUCCUUUGUCACUGAAAACAACAGGGACUUCCAGCUACUGUCACAAAUAAGAGGGAUUUGGCAACCAGGGUAUGCCAGUAGCUGGGCCCAUCCACAACUUCUACACAGAAGUUUGCUAUCUGUGCAGAGGGAAAUAACACUGUACCUCGUAGCUACUUCUCAGAUGUCUGCCGUGGUUGACAUCUGGGGGACCAUCAGAGAAGAGCCUCCCCCAACAAGGGAUGUUUGCCACAAAGUGACUGUUGCUGUCAGGUGCCCAGCAGUGGAUUUAUACUCCUUUUAAGACUGGAGAACACAGGUGCUGUGCAGAUGUGGAGGGAACAGGUAGAUGGAGGGGGUGGGGGAAGGUGGGAGGGGCAAUAUUUAUUAUAGAAACAAAAGGAACUUUGCACACUUUCGUGUCUGUGUCCACCUUGGCCAGGCUGUGCUCUCAGGGCCAUGAGAGUCGAGGGAACGGAUAAACCUGUGGAUUGUGUUGUGUUUGCGGAGGCCCUUCGCAAACACCUGCCAUGUUUUCGUGUUGUUCAGCUGAACUUGUACAGGCUGCUUCUUUCGUUUUCAAAUAAAGGUGGAAAGUCAUUUUUAAAAUAAAAGUAUAUAUUUUCUCAGA